UCCAACUUCACAUUAACUUUCUCUCAUUUUUCUUUUCUUUCUUGUCUUCUCUCUUUUCCAGGAAAACGUUUUCUCGAGCUUUAUUUCUUUUUGAUCUGCCAUGAAAAAACCAGGUCUUUUAGCGGCCUCAGUCGCCGUCGCUUCUGCUUCUGCCUACUUUGAUUCCUCUUAUUCUUCAAGUUUCGUUUGCAACCCUUCUGUUCAAUUUUCUCACAAGGGAGGAGAAGGAGAAAAUAAGAAUUCAUCGGGUGAAACGAAGAUCUCAAAGGAUAAAUUUGCCCCAAGGUUUAAUGGGUUGAGAUUUAUUGAGACGCUUAUCACUGCUCAUAGAUAAGGCGUGGUCGAUUGAGAUGAGAAGGGUUCUUCCCCAUAUGAAUUUUAUGUUUUUUUUUUGGUUACUUCGUCACAGAAAAUUAUAUUAAAAGGAUUUUUCAUUUUCAUUUUUCUGUUAAGGUAAUAUAAUUUUUACCACAGAAUUGAAAUGUUUGAGGGUUUUCAUAUGGUA